CACAAAAUCCCGAAACCUCUCGCGCUGCCCCUACGGUCCGGCCUCCCUUCUCUCCCGAUGGAGCCUCCAACAGAGCCAGCCGCCGGCAGCCGCAAGCGGCGCCGGCGAGGAGGCGGCAAAAACCGCCGGAAGCCUUCGUCGUCGUCGCAGCAAGCGGCUCCGCCAGAGGCUGCGUCCCCACCCCCGUCCUCCUCUCCCGCGAAGCGGGGGCGCAAGGCCGGCGCUGACCAGGUCGCGGCCAAGCCCAAGAGGGGCAACACCAUGAGCCUCCUCGAAAAGAUGCAUGCAAGGUUAUCUGGUGGUCAUUUCAGGAUGUUAAACGAGAAACUGUACACUUGCAGUGGACAGGAUGCGUUUGACUACUUCAAAGAUGACCCUAAUCUUUUUGAUGUGUAUCACACAGGAUAUCAAGAGCAGAUGUCACAUUGGCCAGAGCAGCCAGUAAAUGUUAUAAUCAGUUGGUUGAAGAGUCAUAAUGCAUCAUGGACUGUUGCUGAUUUUGGCUGUGGCAAUGCAACAGUUGAUAAGAAUGUGAAGAACAAGGUUUUCUCCAUCGAUCUUGUUUCAGAUGACCCUUCAGUGAUUGCCUGUGAUAUGGCUCAUACUCCAUUGGAGCCGUCCUCUGUAGAUGUUGCAAUAUUUUGUCUUUCUUUGAUGGGAACCAACUAUCCAAAUUACUUAGAGGAAGCAAAUAGGGUUCUCAAGCCAAGUGGUUGGCUUGUUAUUGCUGAAGUGCGGAGUAGGCUAGACCCAAACACCGGAGGUGCUGAUCCUGACAAGUUUUCUAAAGCCAUCAUCCAGCUUGGCUUUUCCCUUGUGUCAAAGGACGCUAAAAAUAAAAUGUUCAUUCUUUUUUACUUCAAGAAAAAGCAGGAAAAGAGUAAGGUGGUGAAGAACAUUGAUUGGCCCCAGUUGAAACCUUGCUUGUACAAACGGCGAUGAUCUCAUACCCACCGGUAACUGUAGUGGUACCAGACCUCAAAAGCUUCGUUAAUUUAUUUGUCUUGUGCACUAAACUAGGUUUCUAUAUGCCAGGUUUUUCUGUUCCCAUUUCUUCAACCUUUCCACAUCUGUAUGUCCUUCAUGUGUUAUUCACCAGACAAGACCCUGUGCCUAGUUCUUGUAGAACGGUUCUGUCUACUAAUCAGGUUGCCUGCGUCACUGGCAUGUUGACAUAUCAGCAGGGUAAAUCAAGUAACCUUUUGACUCCAUAUAGUAAUGAUGAAAACAGCCAUGGUAUCAUGGAGUUAGUCCA